CAGAGUGUGGUGUGAGGUUAAUCCCCUCCUGACUCAGUGUGCAGCUCCUCUCUGAACGCUGCUCUCCGACUCUCUGAGAUGAAUCUGUCGGCGGUUUCUAAGAAGUUGUGGUGCGUCCACAAACUUCUGAUCCUGCUGCUCACGCCGCUCCUCCUCCUCCCGCUCGUCUUCACUCUGCCCGAGAAGGAGGGUAGAUGUCUGUACGUGGUGAUUCUGAUGGCGGUGUACUGGUGCACCGAGGCGCUCCCUCUCGCCGUCACCGCCAUGCUUCCCGUCUGCCUCUUCCCGACGCUGGGAAUCCUUCCCUCCAAAAAGGUGUGCCCUCAGUACUUCCUGGAAACCAACUUCCUGUUCCUGAGCGGCCUGGUGAUGGCGUCGUCCAUCGAGGAGUGGGGGCUCCACCGCCGCAUCGCCCUGAAGGUGCUCACCAUCGUGGGGGUGAAGCCCGCCUGGCUGAUCCUGGGCAUGAUGCUGACCUCCUCCUUCCUCUCCAUGUGGCUCAGCAACACGGCCACCACCGCCAUGAUGCUUCCCAUCGCCACCGCCAUCCUGGAGAGUCUGUUCGGAGACCUGGAGACCCUCAAGGAGAAGUGCAAGGAGCGCCAGGAGCCCGACAACGAGGUCCUUAACGGUCCGUCUUCUGUAAAGCUGCAUUCACUGCCCUCAGUACACACGGAGAAACAAAUACUGUCCAUAGAGGGUCCGGAUGUUGCGGAGCAGAGCGACCAGCGCUCGGCGGAGGAAAUACGCUCGGAGUCUGCGUAUCAAAUGAAAGUGUGGAAAGGUUUCCUGAUCUGCAUUCCUUACGCUGCGAGCAUCGGAGGCACCGCCACGCUGACCGGCACGGCGCCAAACCUCAUCCUGAUCGGACAGCUGAAGAGCUACUUCCCAGACUGCGAUGUGAUAAACUUCGGCUCCUGGUUUGCGUUUGCUUUCCCGCUCAUGCUGAUCUUCCUGUUUGUGGGAUGGCUUUGGAUCGCGUUGCUCCACGGGGGGUUGAACACACGAUUGUGCUUCACGAGGACCGACCACCGAGCGGAGGCGGAGGCGAGGGCGAGGGCGAUGAUCGAGGACGACUACAAGAAGCUGGGGCCCAUAAAGUUCGCAGAGGGAGCGAUCUCUUUCUUCUUCGUGCUGUUUGCAGUCCUGCUCUUCACCAGAGAUCCCAAAUUUGUCCCCGGCUGGUCUGUGUUUUUUAAGAAAGGGUACGUCUCAGACGCCGUCACCGGAGUCAUCAUCGUCUCCAUCUUGUUCUUCUUCCCUUCACAGAAACCGUCUCUGAGCUGGUGGCUCGACCCUCAAGCUUCCAACACCCCCUACGUGCCUCUGCUCUCCUGGAAGAAGGCUCAGGACUCGGUUCCCUGGAACAUCAUCCUGCUGCUGGGAGGAGGCUUCGCUAUGGCUAAAGGCUGUGAGGAGUCUGGUCUGGCCUCAUGGAUCGGGGGCCACCUGCAGCCGCUAGCCGAGGUCCCUCCGGCUGCAGCUGUCAUGUUGAUCACAGCCUUCCUCGCCUGCUUCACUGAGUUCGCCAGCAACACGGCCACCAUCAUCAUCUUCCUGCCCGUCAUCGCAGAGCUGGCGAUCCACGUGUCGAUCAACCCGCUGUACUUCAUGAUCCCUGCCACCGUGGGGUGCUCCUACGCCUUCAUGCUGCCCGUCGCCACGCCGCCAAACUCCAUCGCCUUCGCCUCAGGACACCUCAUGGUCAAA